AAACACACACACCCUUAAAAACUUGCAGAGAUUAAAGAUUCGUUCAUCUGUCUCUCUCGACCUUUUUCCAUCGUUUCCUUCUACCUUAAUCUCUCUUCCUUCUUUGCUUUCCCUCAGCAAAGAAGAGAAGGGAGAACUUUAAUUUUGGGUGCAUAUCUUCACACACGCAAUAGAGAGAGACAAUAAUUUAUGUAUUUGUUGGUUUUGAAGCGGUUGUUGGUGGUGGGUUAUUCAGGAUAAAGAAGGCAAGAAAAGGAACAACGGAAAAAUGUUGGUUGCACACAGUUUUGAUUUAUGGCAAAAGGAUACCUUCUUUUCUGCAGCUGAGGAGAUCCAACAAUCUGCCGAUAUAAUGGAAUCUGCUUAUAGAACUUGGUGCAGAGCAAGGAAAGAAGGGGAGGCAGCUCAAAAUUUGGAUGAACUUAGUAGAGAACUUCAAAUGGCUUUAGGCACUGCAAAAUGGCAGUUGGAAGAAUUUGAAAGGGCUGUUAGACUGAGCUACAGAAAUCAUGCUGAUGAUGUUACAAAGACCAGACACAGGCAAUUUAUUUCCGUUAUAGAAGACCAAAUUUCCCGUGUCGAAGCAGCAUUAAAAGAGUCAUAUACUGUGGAUAGAAACCAACCUUUUAGCUGGGUAAACUUGGAUGAAGAAGAACGGGAUGACUUAGCUUUGUUUCUUUCAGGAACUCCCGAUACCUCAAGUACGAAGCUUGUAGAACCAGCAACUAGUCCUUUUAAAGAGAAAAACCAUACAAGAAAAGACAUUAGACUUGACUCUAAAGUUGGUUCCAAGGCACAAAUUCCAAUUACGAGAAAAGGUUUUGAAGAAAUUGUCACAAGUAAUGUAGAAGCCAUUUGCUCCACAGUGCCAGAAGAGGAAGAAAUUCCUGAGGCAAGGGGUGAAUCUAGUUCUUGGAGAGCACGGAAUUUGCCAGGUGUGAGUGCUUUGGAGAUUGUAAUUGAUAAUGAUUACGAACAGAGGAAUGCAUUGGUUGAAGCAACACCCAAAGAGAAGGGGUCCAAACUUUAUUUUUGGAGAUCAGGGUGUGAAGAUCAUCCUCAAGCAAAGGGAGGAGCGUUAAUUUACAGCCAUCUGAAGAUGAUCAACUGCAUAAAUCAGCUGUUCAAACGAACUCCGAGAAGUCAGAGGCAACAACAAAUUUCGCCAACAUUGCCUGUUAAUUCCAUUCGAUUCAUACUUGCUUUGAUGCUAACCAUUUUCUUAGUUGUACCUUUCCUGUUCUAUUCAGGUUAAGCUCGAGUUAAAUUCUGCUGUUAGUGAACCAGAGAAAAGGACGUGGUUUCGUGCUGUUGAUGGAGAAAUCUUCCGAGGCAGGGCGGGGUCAAGUUUUUGGAUAUUUCUUUAUAUGAAGUGACUUCAUAUUAAGCUCAAGUAUAAUACCUAUUGCAUUCGACAGCUUGCCAUUUUGAUUCUUCAAACUAAAUGUAUAUGCAUUUGGUUAGAUGGAACGCAAGCUUCCAGAAACAAACAUAGCGUAGAAUAUACCAAUCAAUGUAAGAACCUCAGACGUGUCAUGUUUAAUGUCUGGGGUUGUGGAUUGUUAUAUCUUACACUGUCUUCUGGUAUGUCGUGUAUUUAAUGAAUGUUUUUCCUCGUAGAUCUGUGCUCUAGGUUUGCUAAUUUACUGCUCCCUUUGCGGUUAUUCCUGGUGAUUCUUACAACUCAUCCUUCGAGACACGAGAACAAAACAUUGUAGUAUGCCCAUGUAUACAGGUUUUAUUCUGAUGCAACUAUCUAAUGGACAUCGUGUUUAUCACCAAUGCA